ACGUAACCUCACUUUUUUAAAUAUCGUUUUGUUGUUUCCACACGCGGUACGCAAAUUUCCUUCGAAUUUGCUCCUCCGUGAAGCGAAGAAUCGCCGAGAGGUUGCAUUUAUCACACUCCUACUCGAUAAAUAAUCUUGGAAAACAUGGCGGAAGAAGUGAAUCCAAAAGCAUACCCUCUGGCCGACCCAACUCUAACAACGAAGAUUUUGAAUCUGGUUCAGCAGGCACUGAAUUACAAGCAGCUUCGCAAAGGGGCGAACGAAGUGACCAAGACGCUUAACAGAGGCACUGCUGAAUUUAUAGUUAUGGCAGCCGAUGCGGAGCCUAUCGAAAUUCUUAUGCACUUGCCGUUGUUGUGCGAAGAUAAAAAUGUGCCUUACGUGUUCGUGCGAUCCAAACAGGCUCUGGGAAGAGCCUGCGGAGUGUCCAGAUCGGUAAUAGCCAGCAGUGUGACUAUUAACGAGGGCUCGCAGCUGAAAUCCCAAAUCCAAACAAUACAGUUGGAAAUUGAACGCUUAUUAGUCUAAGUUUAUGAGUACAAUUAUUUUUAUACUGUAAAUUUAAUGAUAAGGAUAAAUAAAUUUCUUGGAAAUUA